AUGAUGUCAAAGACUUGCGGCCUCCAGUUGCUUGAGCUUAUCUCUGCUCUAUUUCCCUUCCUACCACUGCCUCGCUCGCUGCUCUCGUACUUUUGCCCCGCCGUGGGUCGUUUAGCGGACGUGAUAGCCUGCGACUGUGCGCGCUGCCCUUCCAUAGUGGGAGUUGAUCUAUCAAUAGUCGGGUGUCCAGGAGGCUUCGGGACUGAAUUUCCCGACGACACAAGGUCAGUGACUCAUAGUCCCGAAACCGGGGGAAACCUCUUCGCAAGAGACGAGUCAGGGUAUCAUGAUAGCCGAGGGUUGGCCUAUGCGCUUCCCAUCAAUGCCAUUCUAUCGAGUUACGGCCGGAUACUGGUUACGUCCCGUUUGUUUCCGCCACUUGACCCCGGGAAAUUCUCCGUCGAUCGUGAGGUGAUUGUGUCAUUCAUCGGUGGUGCGUCGUCGAUUCGCCUCUCCGAAACCAGUGGUCUUCGUCAUGAUGUUGGUGUCGAACCACGAUAUGUUGGUGUCGAACCACGAUAUGUUGCUGAAGUCAUGUUGCUACGAGAUCAGUCACUCAAUGCAGAACCAGAAGUGCUGGUGGCUGAAUGUCAGCAAUGCGCGUCCUAUGCUGUCAUACUCCUAGACGCUAAUAUUGUUAGUCGAUAUCCAGACAACAUCCAGCGCAUAAUUCUUGGCCUAGCUGAGCUGGUGAACACUGGAAAAUAUAGCUCUCAGCGCAAGCAUCAAAAGUCCGUGCUUGGCGCAUGCUAUCCUUCCGAAUGGCACGAGAAUAGGAGUAAACGUGUCUUGAUUGGAAGUUGGACUUGUCACCUGGCUAACAUGAUCGAUUGUGUUGCCAAAAUCCUUCUCACGUCCAGUGAAGUCGUUCUAUCUGACAUCACGCCAUAUGGCAUGAUGGAUUUACGAGCGCUUGCUUUCACUAACCCACUCAGUUUCAUCGAAUCUGGUAUGCCGAGAAGGAUGAGAAUGCACAUACCUCAGGUCAUCGGACACUCCCGAUAG